AUGGAGAACGGGAACAAUGUGACAGAGUUUGUCCUCCUGGGGUUAACACAGAAUCCAAAGAUGCAGAAAAUCAUAUUUGUCCUGUUUUUGGUCAUCUACAUCAUCACUAUGGUAGGAAAUGGGCUCAUUGUGGUCACCAUCACGGGCAGCAAACUCUUGGGGUCCCCCAUGUACUUUUUCUUAGACUAUCUCUCCUUCAUCGAUGCCUGCUAUUCCUCUGUCAAUACUCCUAAGCUGAUAGUGGACUCACUCAAGGAAAAGAAGACUAUCCACUUCAGUGGAUGCAUGACUCAAGUCUUUGGGGAACAUUUCUUUUCAGGCGCCGAGGUCAUCUUGCUGACGGUGAUGGCCUAUGACCGCUAUGUGGCCAUCUGUAAACCUUUGCACUACGCAACCAUCAUGAACUGGCAGAUUUGUCUUUUACUAGUGGGGGUUUCCUGGAUGGGGGGCUUUCUCCAUGCUACCAUACAGCUCAUCUUCAUUAUCCAGUUACCCUUCUGUGGCCCUAACGUCAUCGACCACUUCAUGUGUGAUCUGAGCCCUUUGCUCAAUCUUGUAUGCAUGGAUACUCACAUUCUGGGGUUCUUUGUUGCUGCCAACAGUGGCUUCAUCUGUGUGUUGAUCUUCCUCCUUCUGCUGGUCUCCUAUGUGGUCAUCCUACGCUCUCUGAGGAACCACAGCUCAGAGGCCAAGCGCAAAGCCCUCUCCACCUGUGGCUCCCACAUCACGGUGGUUGUGCUAUUUUUUUUGCCCUCCAUAUUUGUAUACAUGAGGCCAGCCGUGACUUUGUCCAUUGAUAAGGCAGUUGCUGUCUUCUAUAUGACAAUUACUCCCAUGUUAAAUCCUUUAAUCUACACUAUGAGAAAUGACCAGAUGAAGACUGCCAUUACAAAACUGUUUGCUAGGAAAGUUCUCUCAGUGGAAAACUAA